AUGAACAAAGAGCAAAACCAAAUUGUAAAGGCUUGGGAAGCAGCAGUUAGAAAAUCAGCUGGUCCAAAAAGAAGGGCAAAGAGCAUUUUCACACCAAUGUCUGUUGCCCAUGUUGAUGAUGACGAUGAUGAUUUCCAUGUUGAGAAAAUCCUGUCGAAUGGCGACUUCUACACUGGAAAUUGCCUUGAUAACCUCCCCCAUGGGCAAGGUAAGUACCUAUGGACAGAUGGGUGCAUGUAUGUUGGGGAAUGGCAAAAGGGUAAAACCAUGGGUAAGGGUAGGUUUAGUUGGCCUAGUGGUGCAACCUAUGAGGGUGAUUUCAAAGAUGGUCAUAUGGAUGGUAAGGGUACUUAUAUUGGUUCAUCUGGGGAUACUUAUAAGGGUUGUUGGGUAAUGGAUUUGAGACAUGGAAAUGGGACUCAAAGUUUUCCCAAUGGGGAUUUCUAUGAUGGAGAAUGGAGGAAAGGGACGCAAAGUGGUCAUGGUAGGUAUCAAUGGAAGAAUGGGAACCAUUACAUUGGUCAAUGGAGGCAUGGUUUGUUCUCAGGGAAUGGAACAAUGAUGUGGAGCAAUGGGAAUAGGUAUGAUGGUUGUUGGGAAGAGGGCUUGCCCAAAGGGAACGGAACCUUCCGCUGGGGCGAUGGAAGCUUCUAUGUUGGGGUUUGGAGUAAGGAUCCAAAGGAACAGAGUGGGACUUAUUAUCCAUCAGGAUCUUGUGCUGGAAACUUGGAAUGGGAUCCUCAAGAGCUUUAUUCAGUUGAUUUGGAUGAAUGCAGGUUGUGGCCCUGCGAGAAGGUCGCUAUUUACCCUUCGCACAAAACCUUGAAUCCGGCCGGCUUGGAGGAGGAGGAGGAACCAACGUUUAAGAAGAGCGACGCGUGCGAGCGGCCGAGGUGGAAGUCCGUGGACGGAAGGCUUAGUAAUUAUAGCUCUGAAGAUGGUUCUUCUUACUCUUAUGAUGGAAGUAGUUUGGGAAGUCCUCUUGUUGAUCCUUUGCUUCCAAGAGCUCCCAAUUUCAGGCUUAAGCCCCCUAAACGCCAAGGAGAGACUAUAUCUAAAGGUCAUAAGAAUUAUGAACUCAUGCUAAAUUUGCAACUAGGUAUCAGCAGUAAACGUUACCAAAACAUUUCUAUCCAUCUCACACUACUAGCAAAUAUGCAUCAACAUGCUGUUGGAAGACCUGCUCCUAGUACAUCUCUUGAUCUAAAAUCCUCUGCAUUUGAUCCCAAAGAAAAAGUAUGGACUAAGUUUCCAUCAGAAGGGUCCAAAUACACACCACCUCAUUCAUCUUGCGAGUUUAAAUGGAAAGACUAUUGUCCGGUAGUGUUUAGGGCUCUAAGAAAAUUGUUUAAAGUUGAUCCAGCUGAUUAUAUGUUAUCGUUAUGUGGGAAUGAUGCCCUUCGGGAACUCUCAUCGCCAGGAAAAAGUGGUAGCUUUUUUUAUUUAACCCAUGAUGACCGAUACAUGAUCAAGACCAUGAAGAAAGCAGAAUGUAAAGUUUUUCUUAGAAUGUUGCCUGGUUACUACAAACAUGUUAGGGCUUUUGAGAACACUUUAGUCACCAAGUUUUUCGGCCUCCAUUGUGUUAGAUUAACGGGAACAGCUCAAAAAAAGGUUCGAUUUGUCAUUAUGGGAAAUCUAUUCUGUUCACAGUACCCCAUCCAUAGGCGCUUUGACUUAAAAGGUUCAACCUUUGGUCGAACAACUGAUAAGCCUGAAUCUGAAGUAGAUCCUACCGUAACACUCAAGGACCUUGAUCUAAAUUAUAUAUUUCGAUUGCGGAAGGCUUGGUUUCAAGAAUUUUGCAGGCAAGUGGAUAGGGACUGUGACUUUCUUGAGCAGGAGAGGAUUAUGGAUUAUAGCUUGUUGGUUGGUCUUCACUUUCGGGGAAUAUCGUGUGGUGAAAAUGUUACACCUUCUUCUGGCCGCAGUUCAGGAACUCGAACCCCAACUGGGAGUGGUAAUAAUUUCGAUGAUGGAGCCCUUCGCCUUUUUGGAGUCGACGUCGAUCCCCUUGCAACAGAUCCUAAUCGGUGGAUUCACUUAGGAAUAAGCAUGCCAGCACGAGCUGAAUCUACAAUGCGAAGAAGUAGCGUUAGUGAAACUCCUCAGCUGGUUGGAGAACCAACAGGGGAGUUAUAUGACAUCAUCAUUUUCUUUGGUAUUAUAGACAUAUUACAAGACUAUGACCUAAGUAAAAAGAUCGAGCACGCUUACAAAUCCUUCCAGUACGAUCCCACCUCCAUCUCCGCCGUCGAUCCAAGGCUAUACUCUAGACGGUUUCGCGAUUUCCUCUUCAGAGUUUUUGUAGAGGACAAGGUUUAG